AUGGCCCGGCUGGCCGACUACUUCAUCGUGGUGGGCUAUGACCACGAGAAGGCGGGCUCGGCAGAAGGCUUGGGGAAAAUUAUUCAGAGAUUUCCUCAGAAGGAUUGGAAUGACACUCCUUUCCCACAGGGAAUAGAGUUGUUUUGUCAGCCUGGAGGAUGGCAGCUGUCCAGAGAGAGAAAACAGCCUACCUUUUUUGUGGUGGUUUUGACUGAUAUAGACUCAGAACGACACUACUGUUCAUGUUUAACUUUCUAUGAAGCAGAGAUCAACCUGCAGGGAACAAAAGAAACUGAAGGUGAAGAAGAGGAGUCUGGUUUAAUUCAGCCUGCUGAAGUAUUUGCUCCCAAAAGCCUGGUGUUGGUGUCCAGACUAGAUUAUCCAGAAAUUUUCAGGGCUUGUCUUGGCUUGAUCUAUACCGUGUAUGUGGACAGCCUGAGUGUGUCGUUGGAGAGUCUCAUUGCAAAUCUCUGUUCAUGCUUUGUCCCUGCUGCGGGAGGGUCUCAGAAACUGUUUUCUUUGGGAGCAGGAGACAGACAACUGAUACAAACUCCUUUACACGAUAGUCUUCCUGUUACAGGGACAAGCGUGGCUCUUCUCUUUCAACAAUUGGGAAUCCAAAAUGUACUGAGUUUGUUCUGUGCGGUCCUGACAGAAAACAAGGUUCUUUUUCACUCGGCAAGUUUCCAAAGGCUCAGUGAUGCCUGUAGAGCGUUGGAAUCUCUAAUGUUUCCUCUGAAAUACAGUUAUCCCUAUAUUCCAAUUCUCCCUGCACAGCUGCUGGAAGUUCUCAGUUCACCAACUCCUUUUAUUAUUGGUGUACAUUCUGUCUUUCGUAAUGACAUCCAUGAACUUUUAGAUGUAAUCAUAGCAGACCUGGAUGGAGGCACGAUUAAAAUUCCUGAAUGUAUUCAUCUUUCUCAGCUCCCAGAACCACUGCUGCAUCAAACUCAAACAGCUCUUUCUCUAGUUUUACAUCCUGAUUUGGAAACAGCAGAUUAUGCAUUCCCUCCACCACGAACAGCUUUAUCACAUUCAAAAAUGCUGGAUAAAGAAGUGCGAGCAAUUUUCUUGAGAUUCUUUGCACAACUCUUCCAAGGAUACAGGUCAUGCCUUCAGCUGAUCAGAAUUCAUGCUGAACCAGUCAUUCAUUUCCAUAAGGCAGCCUUCUUAGGCCAGCGAGGCUUGAUUGAGAAUGACUUUCUUACCAAAGUCCUCAGUGGAAUGGCAUUUGCUGGUUUUGUGUCAGAGAGAGGCCCUCCUUACAGAUCCUGUGAUCUCUUUGAUGAGUUGGUAGCUUUUGAAGUGGAACGAAUUAAAGCUGAUGAAGGCAAUCCGCCAAAAAUGCUGAAGCAUAUCCGAGAGCUUGCAGAACAACUGUUAAAAAAUGAGAAUCCAAAUCCUCAUACCGCUUUCCAGAAAGUCCCACGGCCCACUGAGGGGUCCCAUUUGCGAGUUCACAUCCUUCCUUUUCCCAAGAUCAAUGAGAGCCGGGUUCAGGAGCUAAUCCAAGAAGGCAUUGCUAAGAACCAAAGUGCACCACCUGCUACUCGUCUAGAAAAGAAAUGUGUGGUUCCUGCUGGUCCACCUGUUGUUUCUAUAAUGGAAAAGGGAAGUACAGUUUUCAACAGUGCACAAAGGCUUGAAGUUGUUAGAAACUGCAUCUCAUUCAUAUUUGAAAAUAAAUUUUUGGAGACUGAAAAGACUUUGCCUGCGACACUGAGAGCCCUAAAAGGAAAGGCAGCUCGACAGUGCCUGACACAGGAGUUAAGCCUUCAUGUUAAGCAAAAUCGAGCAAUAUUGGACCAUCAGCAGUUUGACUACAUUGUGAGGAUGAUGAACUGUGCUUUACAGGAUUGUUCAACUUCAGAAGAAUACAGCAUUGCUGCAGCAUUACUGACUCUGACAACUGCGUUCUACAGGGAUAAAAAUUCUGUAGGGCUGGACCAGGAAAAGACAGCCAUGGACCUAGCUGCUGAGCAGUUGCGUUUAUGGCCAACACUCAAUAAAGAAACCCAGCAGGAAUUAGUUCAGAAUGAGGAAAGUACAGUUUUCAGUCAAGCCAUUCAUUUUGCAAACCUUAUGGUCUACCUGCUAGUACCACUGGACACAAGUAAAAACAAAUUAUUAAGAACAUCAGCUACAGGGGACUGGGAGAGUGGAAGCAACAGCAUUGUCACAAACAGUAUUGCAGGCAGUGUGGCAGAGAGCUACGACACUGAAAGUGGGUUUGAGGACUCUGAAAACAAUGAUGUUGCCAAUGCAGUUGUGCGCUUCAUCACCCGAUUUAUUGACAAGGUUUGUACAGAGAGUGGAGUCACACAGGAUCACAUCAAAGGCCUUCAUUGCAUGAUACCAGGCAUUGUAGCGAUGCACAUAGAGACACUGGAGGCUGUCCAUCGGGAGAGUAGAAGACUACCACCAAUACAAAAGCCUAAGAUUCUGCGACCAGCUUUGCUUCCAGGAGAAGAGUUUGUAUGUGAAGGUCUCCGUGUGCUACUGGAUCCUGAUGGCAGAGAAGAAGCAACAGGAGGAUUACUUGGAGGCCCCCAUAUUCUCCCAGCAGAAGGAGCAUUAUUCCUUACUACAUAUAGAAUUAUAUUUAAAGGCACUCCUCAUGAUCAACUAGUUGGAGAACAGACGGUGGUCCGAAGCUUUCCUAUUGCAUCUUUAAUGAAGGAGAAGAAGAUAGCUAUUCAAAACCAGUUGCAACAGAAUAUGCAGGAAGGACUGCAGAUCACCUCAGCCACCUUUCAGUUAAUUAAAGUAGCAUUUGAUGAAGAAGUGAGUCCUGAAGUGGUAGAAAUAUUUAAGAAGCAGCUAACGAAGUUCCGUUACCCUCAGUCCAUCUUCAGUACUUUUGCCUUUGCAGCUGGACAGAUAGCACCACAGCUAAUCUUACCAAAGCAAAAAGAAAAAAACACUUCAUUUCGUACCAUCUCAAAAACAAUUGUGAAAGGAGCCAAACGUGCAGGGAAGAUGACUAUUGGUCGGCAGUAUUUAUUAAAGAAGAAGACAGGCACAAUAGUGGAGGAAAGAGGGACUCGUUCAGGCUUGAAUGAAGAGGAUGAUAUCUCUGUUUCAGAUGACAGUGAAUUGCACACAAGUGGUACUUUAAAAGCCUCAGAGAAAUCAACAAUGGAGCAGUUAGUAGAAAGAGCCUGUUUUAGAGACUACCAGCGUUUGGGGCUUGGAACCAUCAGUAGUAGUUCUUCUCGCUCAAAAACAGAGUAUUUAAAAAUAACUGCAUUGAACAGGAUGUAUUCACUUUGCAGAAGCUAUCCUGGGCUUCUGGUAGUACCUCAGUCUGUGCAGGACAGCAGCUUGCAGAGAGUAGCUCGUUGUUAUCGUCACAAUCGCCUACCAGUUGUCUGUUGGAAAAGCUCAAAAACCAGUAGUCUCCUCCUUCGUGCUGGGGGCUUUUAUGGAAAGGGAGUGGUUGGCCUCUUCAAAUCUCAAAACACACAGACUACCGCUCCUGCCUCUUUAGAAUCUUCAAGCAGUAUAGAACAAGAGAAAUACCUACAAGCCUUAUUGAAUGCAAUUUCCGUCCAUUACAAAAUGAAUGGCAGUAAUACUUUAACUGUAAGACCAGCAAUUGCUCUGUCGCCAGGCACUGAAAGGAGGGCUUCAAGAAUGUCCACUGUGUUUAAGCAGGUAGUGCCAGGACACUUGGAUGUAAAUCUAUCCAAUAGCUUUGCUCGAGGAGUGCUUGGGUACAGAGAUAAGUGUAUCACUCAUUCACAUUCCAAAUCAGCAGCUAAGGCAAGAGUCCAUCAAGGUGUCUGGGCAAGUCUUCGUUCUAGCAACCGGUUUAUCAGCACUCAGACACCAUUCCUAGAUGUUGGGGCAAGACUGGCAGGGAAAGAUAACCCAGCUGCCUACAGUAACAGCAACUUUUUGCAAAACCAGCUCCUGAAACGUCAAGCUGCCCUCUACAUAUUUGGAGAAAAAUCUCAAUUAAGGGGCUUCAAACUUGAUUUUGCUUUAAAUUGUGAAUUUGUUCCUGUUGAGUUUAGUGACAUCCGACAGACGAAAGCCAGUUUUAAAAAGCUGAUGAGGGCUUGUAUUCCCAGCACCAUUCCUACAGAUACUGAAGUAACAUUCCUUAAAGCUCUGGGGGAUUCAGAGUGGUUUCCACAGCUUCACAGGAUAAUGCAAUUAAGUGUGAUCAUCUCAGAACUCCUUGAGAAUGGUUCCUCGGUUAUGGUUUGUUUGGAAGAUGGCUGGGAUAUUACUGCACAGGUGGUGUCUCUGGUGCAGUUACUCAGUGAUCCAUUCUACAGGACACUUGAAGGCUUCCGCAUGCUAGUGGAAAAAGAGUGGCUCUCUUUUGGUCAUAAAUUUAGUCAACGUAGUAAUUUGACCCUCAAUUGUCAGGGUAGUGGAUUUGCUCCUAUUUUCUUACAGUUCUUGGAUUGUGUGCAUCAGAUUCACAACCAAUAUCCAACAGAAUUUGAGUUCAAUCAGUAUUACCUGAAGUUCUUAGCUUUCCACUAUGUUUCAAACAGAUUUAAGACAUUUCUUCUGGAUUCAGACUAUGAAAGACUAGAGCAUGGAACGUUGUUUGAAGAUAAAGGAGACAAACAUGCCAAAAAAGGAAUCUGUAUUUGGGAAUGUAUUGAAAAAAUGCACAAAAGGAACCCUGUUUUCUUCAAUUACCUCUAUGCACCUGUUGAAACAGAGGCUUUAAAACCAAAUAUAAAUAUGUCCAACCUGAGAAAAUGGGAUUAUUAUGUUGAAGAGACCUUGGCUAUGGGACCUUCCUAUGACUGGACCAUGGUUACUUCAAAAGGCAGUGCUUUGGAGGAAGGUGACCAAAUGGAUGGUUCUGUUUCCCAGAGUAAGAGGAAAAUAGUAUGGCCAUGCUAUGAUGAUGUUAGCAAAGUACAGCCUGAUGCAAUCACCAACCUCUUAAAUGAAAUUGAAAGAUUGGAGAAUAAAUUAAAUCAAAACCCAGAAAGGUGGCAGCUUUUGUGGGAAAGGGUCAAAGUGAAUUUUAAAGAUGAUACCAGACAAGACAAUCUUCGGAGACAUCCUUCUGGCUCCUCAGGGAUAUUAUCUGCUAAUAUACAUUCUUAUCAGAAGAGGUCUUUGUUGCAUCUUCCUGACAGUGGACUGGGUGAAGAACAAAGUAUGAGCAUUACUCCCUCUAAUGGAGUGGACAGAAGAGCAACCACAUUAUACAAUCAGUUCACAUCAAAGCAUGAUGAAAAUAGGUCAUUUGAAGGUACACUUUACAAAAGAGGAGCUCUGUUAAAAGGUUGGAAACCCCGUUGGUUUGUACUGGAUGUGACAAAACACCAGCUGAGAUAUUAUGACUCUGGUGAAGACACAAGCUGUAAGGGACACAUUGAUCUUGCAGAAGUAGAAACAGUGAUUCCUGCUUCCCCAACAAUUGGAGCUCCAAAGCAUGCUAGUGAAAAAGCAUUUUUUGAUCUCAAGACAAGUAAACGUGUGUACAAUUUCUGUGCUCAAGAUGCACAGAGCGCACAGCAAUGGAUGGACAAAAUCCAGAGCUGUAUUUCAGAUGCGUAACAAGGAAUACCAUUCCACUGCCAACUGUAGGAAAGAAAUGCUUUCAGCACCUCAUUGUAUAAGAAGAUAUUUUCUUAAAUGCUACUGCUGAGCAAGCAAACCUUUUCAUUUCAGCCAUAAAUUCUCAUAAUAUGUUGAAGUAUCAUCUAUUUAAAUAUUAUAACCACUAUAACUAUAUUUUUUCUCCAUCAGGGAGGACCUCUUGAAUUAAUAACCUGAUUAGCUGUAGUAUUGUUCUUUCCAGUAUGUCUCCUAGCUAAAUGAGCCCGCUGUAUUGCACAGGAAUUAAUCUACCAUCAGAAACUGUUUUUCUAAUCACAAAGUUGCUCAAAUUGUCCAGUUUUAACUUGUCCAGUAUCAACUGUAGAUAUUUUCCUUCAAGUAGAGUUGUAUUUUCACCAGGUUUAUGUAAGAGUAACAAACCUAAACAGUCUUGUUUUCAGCGUAGUCAAGUAUCUGGGGGACCAUUUCUGCAGUUUUGAAAAAAUAGUUACAUUUUUUAAUUCAGUGACAUGCAUACCAGAUUGGCAAAUGUGUUGGGCACUUCUUUUUUUUUUUUAAGACCAAAAAGUGAAAUCUAAUAUUUGAUUUUCAAAGAAAGGUUUCUUCUGAAUCUUCUAGCUGCUUUCAAACCCUUUUCUCUACCAAGAAGUUUACUAUUAAUUUAUGGCAUUUCAAUUCUGUGUUUAUCUACAAUAGAACAAUAGAUGACAAUAGCAAGAAGAAAUUGGUCACAAACUGACUUUUGUAGGAGAAGUUCUCUCCAUGAAGUUGUAUGCGUUAAUUUAUGUGCUGUUCUGCUCACUGUAAAAUUAAAAAAAAAAAAAUGACACAGUGAUAAUGCACUAAACAAUAAAGCAAGCACUUGCACUGAAAUCUUUGAAAUGCAGACAUUUUGAAGGACAGAGGUAAGUUAUUUAUAGCAGAACAAUAGUAGCUAGUUAACAACAUUUACAAUUAUUAAAUAUGUACAUAAUUGGAUUUGAUGUGUUGUGAUUUGAUACUUUAAAAACAUUUUUGCACAUAAAUUGGAAGACUGUUUUUAGAUUUUUACAUUUGAUAACAUUGUAUGUGUUCAAUUUAAAAUCUCUGAGGAAUGUUGUUUUUUUUUUAUGUAGCCCAAAAUUAAUAGUGGUUUACAUGCUACAACUUGUGAUGACAUUGUGAUGUCUUUAGAAAGCUAACCCAUUUUUUUGUUUUGAAAUGUUAAUAUGUUAAAUAGCAAACUAAUAUUUCAGAGAGUUUGUAUAUAUGAUUUAAUAUUUUCUGUUUUUUUCUAGACAUUUUACUUGUAAUUUAAUAGAAACUAACCCAACUGAUUUCAUUUUUAAGAUUUGAGUUCUUAAAUGAGUUGUCCUUUUUUAACCAUUGUUCCUCUUUUGACAAAAUAAUUCAAAUUUCACAUUGUACACAGAGUAGGAAAUGUAGCUGUUUUUAAUACAUUUGAAAUUUCAAAACGAAGGAAUGAAGGAGUUUUCUAGCAUUUUUCAAUUGAUAAAUAUCCACCUGUGAGAAUGGUAUUUGCACAUUUGUAUUUUUCUUUGUAUAUGAAGUACUUUUAUAUGUACUUUGUAAAAUACUGAUCCCAUUGUUUCCUAGGGUUUUGAAAAUGUACACUUCUUAUUUUGUAACUAGGUUAUUUUAACUAUUUUAUGUAUGUUUCAUGACUUAUGUAUGCUAACCAUCUUGUAAUAAAUACACGUCUCAAGGAAAAAAUAUCACCUUUACUAUAAAAGGGUGUAGAGUUACUCUAUAAUACCCACAGAAUAAAGAGCUUACUAUAUCUUGCACCAUCUAGCCAUGGGAUGAAGAGAAAUCCCCAAAUAUCAUGUAUUAAAACCAGUGGGUUCUUGUGUAUAUUUGUAUAUUUACUACACCAAAGGCUUGUGUUUUGAGCAAAUUUAACUCAAAUGCCUCCACACCAGAAACUGAGGAAGUCAGAUUUUAAAGCAAUGUUUUCAUUCAUGCCAACUUCAAUGUAUGUACCUUAUCCAGAGACCUAGUACUAAACUCUUAAAUAAUCCAGAGAGACAUCAUUAUUGUACUAAAACCUUAAAUAAUAAUAAUGUUAAGAAACCAGAGCUUUCACAUCAUAAAGUAUCAUUAUUCACCUUUAGCUGAACUCGCAAAAGCAGUCAUAUCUUAUAUAUGUACUUAAUUUUGUGUUUCAAUUAAGCAGUAAAAAAUCAGAGGUGAGAUGUGCAUCUGACUUGCACAUGCAUCAAAUAAACAGGAGUCUAUCUGGCAAGUGGGGUUAGAACAAAAAGGGAUUAUGUUACAGAGGUGAGUAGACAGACUUCUGUGGAUAUUGUGUUGUGGGUUUGGGGUAUGAAGCAUGUAAACUGAGCUUGCUCUACAUGUUAAUGAUGACAUAUGAGCUGAUCUCAGUUUUAAUAUUUGUAUUGAUGGGAAAUGCAUCUGAGCAACAUUAACACAAAGCAUUCCAAAUUAAAAAGAAAAUCCACACAGGAGUGUUAAUUGUAAAGUCAGAUUUGUGUUGGAUGUGUAUGAAGAGACAGUAUAAGAGUCCUUUGGUGUAGAGGCGUAGAAUUUGCAGGGCUACUGUCAGCAAGAUAAAAGAGAAUGAGAGAGCAGAUUCAGGGUGGGGAAGCAGGUAGAAAAGGCAGGGAAAACAUGGAGUAAGAGUAGCAUGAGAUUUGAGGGGCAGCAAGAGAGAUGGGUAGGCAUGGGGCAGGACAAGGAAGCUUUCUCCCAGUGGCGGGAGAUUCCUUAUGUUGAAGGAAUCCCAGCCCGUUUUCUGUGUAGAUUCCCCAACAUAGAGAAAUUCUCCAGACUUUCUAUGGGAAAAAUCCUAUAGAACAACACUUCCUCUAUCAUUCAACACUUGUACUCCCUUUCUAUGAACUAUCAGACUCCCUUGGAAGAAGGUGAUCCAUUAUCAUGGGACAUAUUUAUAGAUCACAGAGUACCUUGCCAUUUGCUUCUUCUCUUGUGGCACAACAUAAGAUGGAAUUUUUUUUAAGUCAGAGUUUGGCAUUUGUAAGCACUGAUACCACAAUGUCAUAUUACUGACCUCUCAUUCAUAUCCAAAACAUGAUGAUGUUUUAACAGAAUUUUUUACUGAUAAAAAUAAGCAAACCCAUGUUUUAGUACUUUAGAAUUAUGCUGAUCAAUAAAAUAUUUUGGCAUCUCUA